CAAGAAACAGCAGCUUAUUAAUAUUAUAAACAUAAUUUAAUCCCUCAAUUUUGCUCAAGCAUUUGCUCUUCUUCUUCUUCUUCAUCUUCAUCUUCAUCUUCAUCUUCUUCUUCUUCUUCUUCCCCUUUUAUACACACAAAUUGCAGCGCAUGGUUUUCCCUCUCUCUUCUUCUGAGCGAUGUUCUUGAGCUCUCUCUUUCUCUCACAUAACUCCUACAUCAGCAUUAUGCUCCACACCACUUUCUUCCGCCACAGGCUUUGAAAUAUUACCUCUUUCAAUUUCCCCUAAAAAUCACAUCUGAUUUUCCGGCAGAAAAUAAACCAUGAAAAGCUCCCCAGUUUUCGACGUCGCAGACGCUCUGUUGAAUGACGAAAGAAUCCCCUCCGAUGCUCUCUGGAUCCCAAAUUCCUCCCCUUCUCUCCACGCCAUGGUGAGCUUCGAGCAAUCGCGAGGAGAGAGAAGCAACCGGUCGAGACAAUCCGAUUGCGACGACGAGGACUCCGACAGCUGCUUCCACCGCCCGCCGGAGAAGAAGCGGCGGCUGACGGCGGAGCAGGUUCAGUUCCUGGAGAAGAGCUUCGCCGUGGAGAACAAGCUCGAACCGGACCGGAAAAACGAGCUGGCCAAAAAACUCGGUUUGCAGCCGCGGCAAGUCGCGAUCUGGUUCCAGAACCGGCGAGCCCGGUCCAAGACCAAGGUGCUCGAGCGAGAAUACGGUUCGCUGAAAUCGUGCUACGACAAGCUCAAGGCCGAUUACGACACCCUUUUCUCCGACAAUGAGAAGCUCAAAAACGAGGUUCGUCUGCUGAGCGGGAAGCUGCUGCAGAAAGGAAAUGACGAAAUUAGCCCUCUCGACGCGGCGCCGUGCAAGCAGGAGGACGCUUCGAGCCACUCGUCGCACGUGCUCGAGGCGUCGGAUUUCGAGCAAGGCGACGAAGACGACGAGUGUCUUGUGCAGAGAUUGUGCUUGCCUAAGCUUGAGGCGGAAUACUAUGAUGAUCAUUUGCAGCCUAAUUCUUGCAACCUUGGAUUUCCAGUCCAAAAUCAAGGAACAUGGUUCUGGCAAUGUUGAUUUUGAGAUGAUUUGAUAGAAUGUAUUAUGUUCAUGCCUCAAAUUUUAUAUAUAUAUGUAUAUGUGAUGUGGUAUUAUAUAUUAUGGCUUUGAUCAUUUUGUAGAUAAUUAAGGUCAGCUAUGAAAUAAUUAAUGGAAGCUUAUAUUUAUGUUUCUUUCUAAAA